GAACAUACCCGAGUGCUGCCGAUUUAUAUCCCGUCGAUUGGAUCGAGAGAAAGCUGGAGACAUCAUCCCGACUGGAUGUAGCAUCCUUUUCCUGGGUUUUUUUGAGAGGAAGAAUCGGUGGGCGAUUUCGGAUAAAAUGCCGUCGCUUUUAUUCUGUGGGCCGAAGUUGGCCGCCUGUGGGAUCGUGUUAAGCAUCUGGGGUGUCAUUAUGCUGUCAAUGUUGGGGAUUUUCUUCAGUGCAAAAUCUGCUGUGCUGAUCGAAGAUGUUCCUUUUACUGAGGAAGACAUCCGUGAUGACAAGAAUCCACCGCAGAACAUUUAUGGACUCUACAACCAAGUCGGCAUCAACUGCUUCAUUGCUGCUGCCAUCUACGUAGGUGUCGGCGCUGUGUCUCUGUGUCAGGUUCGCCUUAACAAGCGCCAGGAGUACAUGGUCACAUAAACCCAAACAAUUUCAAAUUCAAUAGCAAUUUUUCAUAAUUAUUUAUUUUUAAAAGACUUCUCAAUGAUCUUGGAGGACAGUCUGUUCUGUUACAUUGUCUGAAAUGGAUAUAUUUGGCAGUUCAUCUUCAGGUCAAAAUCUAAACACUAGAUAUAUUGAUUGCGUAAUGAAUACAUAUUGAAAUAAUCAUGUAAAACAGUAUAUAUGCAUGUUAUGUGUUAUAUUUUUCAGAAAUAUUCAGAUCUUCGGCUCCACAUUCCCUAUGAUAUAAAUAAACAAAACAAGCAGAAGGUCUUUAAUAGUUGACUUCUGAUGAAUAACCUAAAAGACACUAUAAAACACUAGGAGUCAAUAUGAUAUUUGAUGGUGUUCAUGUAGAAUGUGUGUAUGUUUGACUUUUUUUUUUGAAUUUCAAUAUUUAAACAUUUGUGUGGUAAUAUAAAUGUCUAUUCUUUUAUUGAAGUACACGCUUGUGUUGUAUACUUGAUAUUAUCACAUUUGUGAUGAACAAUGUAAGAUAUGUGAAUGGAGAGUCUUAUGUUCCCUUCAAUAAAAUACUAGUGGAAAAAA